GAGUGUCGGAGCCAGAGCCCCAGGCAACUUUCCUGACCUCCAUGGAGCCUUUUAUUCCUGCACUACACUAUGCCUUGUUUAAGCUGCGUCUGAAGCCAGGCAAGGACCUGAGUCUUGGUGUGGAACGCCAAUCCGCAGACUAUCUAACGCGUAUGGAGUCUGGAACGGUGCGACCUUUUAUUCUGCCUGACUACAGAAACAGUUUUGAUGAAAGGGCAAGCCCUAUUUCGGUGCCUAGACCCAAAUUUAAUAUGGACGCUGUGUUACGGUCGUACGUUCACAACUCUGCAAACUACGUUUUACCUCUGGGCAAGGCACGGGACAUAAUGGAACGAAUAAGGAGCCCCGCCCCCGUACCUCCACCCGCAUCAGUUCCUGUUUGUGCUCCUCUUUCUGUGCCAAUGGAAUACAGCCCUGUUUCUGACUGGGGGGGCUCGGACAGAGGAUCGGACCGAGCAGAAAGAGUCUCCCUGGAGAGGCUUGGCCAGGAGAAGGCACCUCCUGAAACCAGCAAACGUAGGCCAGACACGACGCAUUCAAAUGGUGCUCAACUGCAACCCAAACCCCACGGCGAGCCACAGCCUUCGAAGUCGGAGCUCUCCCAGAACGAGUACGACCAGGACAAGAUGAAACAGCUGCUUAAGCUAAUCCAGCUACAUAAGAAAACCCUGGUUCAGGAUCCAGGGAGGGAUCUAGGGGAGGAUGGAAGCUGGGAUGCCAACAGUCUAAAAAGGAAAUUCGAAGGGGACGGCGAAGGUGGAAUGAACAAACACCAACGCACUGAUCAUCUUAGUAACGGGGAACCAAGUAGAGUGGGCCAGAAAGACGAAAACACAGCCGAGGCUGGACAGGGGGACAGCCUAACGGCAGUAAUGGAGACCAUCGGCCUCUAUGACACGGACCUGAGAAAUCGCAGCAGCGCUGACGCCUCAACAGCCAACGAGACUCAGCGCCUGCUCAAAAUCCUCCUGGCCACACUCAACAAAGCCAUGGCUCAGAGCUCCAUGCCCGUGCCGCCGAGUCAGGGCGAAUCCUCGACUAGUUCAGGAAUUAUGGAGUCCAUCCUUUCCAAAUCAGCUGCUGCCAUGCAAAUUGAAGCAGCUCCGCAAACAAACUACACAGCGGAGGACAUGGACUGUAGCCCAGGGAGUCCGCCGGGCAUGGGCUCGCCGCCACAGGCAGCACAGCCCUCAGACGUCAUAUCUGAGAAUCAUCCUGUCAAUGAAGAAAAAGCUCAGCCACUUGUUGAAGCCAAACCGGAGCCUGAGCCUGAGCCUGCACCAACGGCAGAAACCAACCAAGAGGCGAAGACGCCUGCUGCUAUAGAAGUGAAAAAUCCUGCUGCGCCAAUGGUCGGAGAUGAGGUUCCCUUCCAGCCCUCCAUCAGCCUGGACACCAUUUUGAACCAGGAGAUCCGCAGCCUCACAUCGGACAUUAAAAACAUCAUGCAGACUCAGCGCAUUAGCUAUACCUCACAGCUCCCCCAAAGGCUGUCUCUACGUCACUGCUGGCAGCCCAGCAGCUACUUCUCACACUAUGUUGUUCCCUUCGUCCCCCCUGUACCCGUCGAGGGGCAUGUCCAAGCACUAUGUGAAAAGAUGGACAGGUUGAUCCCAGCUCGACCUGCUUCUCCCAAGGUCACCUCUCCACCUCCCCCUGUGACAUCUAGCCUUGGAACCCCAACCGCUGCACCCAAGCAGUUUUCCAAAAUGAAAACAGAGCCCUCUGUUAUGAAGAACUCCACAUUCUCAGAUGGUGUUAAAAAGAGCUGCAGCAGCAGUGAGACGUCUGUCAAGGUUAAAACAGAAGCUCCAGCACUGGGGGGAGGAGGGCUUUAUUCUCCCUCUCAUGCCACAUCAGACUCACCAGAAUUGAGCUCCCAUUCGGCUGGUGCUGCUCCUGAAGGCGGGUCAAACCUGCUCGCAGGGAGCCUCAUUGGGCAGCUGAAACCGGAGCUUUUCACCAGUCUGGUGGAAAUCUUCAAAGACGUCACGAAGAAUACAGUUAAAUUUUACAUCUACUCUGGAGAAGAAGGCGAGGACAGCACUGUCUGCAAGGAGAUUAAGGAGUACCUGAAAAGUCUAGGCAACAGUGAAUGCAGUCCGCAGACAUUUCUGGAAAAUAGUGGAAGUUUGGAUAAGCUCCUCAUCAUCAUCAGGAAUGAAGACAUCGCUGCACAUGUGCACAAGAUUCCAGCUCUGGUUUCCCUAAAAAAGUUGCCCUCAGUGAGCUUUGCUGGAGUUGACUCCCUGGACGACGUGAAGAACCACACAUACAACGAACUGUUUGUGUCGGGAGGCUUCAUGGUGUCUGAUGAGUUUGUCCUUAACCCUGAUCUCAUCACACAGGAUCGUUUACAAGGGCUGCUGAAGUUCUUGGAGGACCAGAGCACUCCUGAACAUCCCUGGCAGUGGAAGGUCCACUGCAAGUCCCAGAAGAAGCUUAAAGAACUGGGGAGGUUAAAUGCCAACGCUAUGGGGCUGCUGAACCUUUUGACUGCUUACCAGAAAAAGCACCUGGUGGAGUUUCUCCCGUAUCACGAGUGUGACACCCAAUCACGCCAGGCUCCAGAUCUGGAAUGCCUGAUCAAGCUUCAAGCUCAAAACACACAACAACGGCACCUUAUUUUCCUCACAGAGAGACCGUUUGAAAUGUUCCUGCACUACUCUAGAAAUGGAAUAGUGAUCGCGAGCAUUGACGACGUUAUGACUGGUUUUCACAGCCUGAUUGGAUCCAUUAAUCAGAAUGAGCUUCCUACACCACCUUCCACUGUGAAUGAUGAGUGUGUGGAGGCAGAGGACAUGUCAUUAGAUUCUGAUGAUGGCGAGCCAGCAACCUUGACAGAUCCUCUAGAUCAGGUUCAGGCUAAGAAGAAUAACCCUGAGCUGCUGCUGCCUUCGGAGAAGGAGGACUUUCGCCCCCCUCUCCCAGACCUGCAGGCCACCCCUGAAAGAACAUCAACCCUGACUGAAUGCAGCGCUCUUAAAACGGCCAUCUCCCAUUUCAAAGCCACCAACCAGCUCGGAUUAGCCUGCUCAGACAUUGGCAGCUUGUCUCCAGGAGGUUUUCCUGUAAAUACCCACCAGAGUUUUCUGUGCCCUUCAGCCUCCUGGUCGUCCUACAGCGGCUCUUCCAGCUAUGUUGCGUCUCCGGCGUAUCCCGCCUCACCCUGCAGCAGCACGCAGGAACAAGAACACCGCCCCUCAACCACCACGGCUCCUGUGGUUCCAACUCCACCCGUCAUUGCUGCAGUGGGACCUUUAGCAAACCUGGCUUCUCUUCCCUUAGAAGUCAAAGCUCCACCUCCUCCUCCCUUUAUGAUGCAGGGGCAGACAUACGGGGCAGACGCUGGAGGAGCUGUAUCAGCCGGAGCCUCUCCGCUCAUCAGCGCCUUACCUUACAAAGACCAUAGUGACUCCUCCCAACCCGGAUACAUUGGGAUUGCUUCUAAAGGUGCCAGUGGGGCCCCCACACUGCAAGACAGGACACUCAGUGGAGCUGGGGAAAGUGCUUGGGGCGUGAAGGAGACGAGCACUUGUGAGACUGCUUGCAGCCAGGGUGCAGUGACGUCUAAGUCAAUGGAGCCAAUUGGCGUCCCAAAAACAGGUGAAAUCCCUGUGGGCAGCACCCCUGGCACCCAGGGGAGCAGGACUCAGGGGAAUGGUGCUGAAAGCCUAGGAACUCCAGUUGGUAUUCCCCCAGUGGCCACCAGAGGGGGGUCUGUACCCAGACCUAAGCUGCCUACACAUCCAGUGGGAGGUUUGGGUUAUGGGAGCAUAGGUGGCGUUCCCGGGCAUAUGGACCAUUGGCCAGCGCGGGGGACUUUGGUUCCUGGUUCUUUAGGGGGCUUCAGAGGCAGAGGAGCCCCUCCGGUAGGACUCUGGCCUCGGGCCGGUCGAGGACAGGAACUUGGGGAUGGGACUGGAGGUGGACCCUGUUCCUGGGUUUACCCAGCAGGUCGGGGCAGGCCACAGAAUUACUACACAGACUACACAUACUCUCAUAACUACGCCCCUGAAUAGACAAUCAUCGCAGUGAAAGGGGCAAUGCAAGCAGCAUACACCAGAGACAGAACUGGCUGAAUGUACAUAUUUCCUUGUCAUAAAAGCAUUGAUUUAAAACGGUAAUUAUUAAUUUUGGUUUUUCUACAUUAAUAAAAGUAGAUACGGGCAGUGCCGGGUGUCCUACUGUCGUAAAAACUCUCUGUACACUCUUUCCGUGUGAUGUAUUUGAAACCCUGUUCAAACCACUAUAUUUAUAUUUGCCAACAAAUGUUUAUGGCCUUCCAGCUUCUCAGAAUUGACCACACUAUUUCUGUUUGUUCCGGUUUGGAAACGGUUUUGUGAACAAAUGGGGAAACGGCUGAUAUUUUUUUAAGGAAAAACAAAACAAAGUGAAUGAAAUUUCACUUUGCUGUUUUUUUUUUUGUUUGUUUUGUUUUGUUUUUUAUUUUACAUAUUUGUCCAAGAUUCUAUUAAAAAUAAAACAUUUCAAAUCUUGUUUGUGUGAUGGGCUUGACAGUGUCAAUCAAACCAUUAAAA